AUGGGAAGAACGUUUCCACUAAAAAGAAGAGGCAACAAGGGAUUUCUACGUCCAAGAAUUGGUAACUUACUUGGCACUAUCGCUCUGUUGGCUUGUGCUACGAUGUCUGGCCAUAUUUCAAUAUCAGUCGAGGUUAUUGAGAACAAUGCUCCUUUCAAAUUUGGAGACACACUCGAAGCUUCGAGCCCGAGCCCUUGCGAGCAUAAGAAAAUUGGCGCCUUUGAGAAACCGUUUUUUGAGAGUAUGAGGUUCUGUUCAAGUGGAGAACAUCCUAAUAAUUCAGAUAUGGGUUCGCCUAAAUCCCUCUCGUGUUUGCCCACUGCCGUGGUCCAUGCUCUUUCAACGAUUUGGUCACCAGCAGUUAUUCUUCUUUUGAGACCUGUCCGGCAAAUCAUGCACCAGCCGCUUUCUUACCAAUUUCACAUUGUGAAAGCUCGACGUUCUGCUCAUGAGAUAUAUCUCCAGUCCAACACACCACAAAAGCGCCACUCUAUUUUUGCCUUCUCCAGGUUCGCUUUCGAACAAUACGAGCCAUACGAAGCCAUCUUAAUCCCUGCAUUCUUCAAUGAAUAG